CCAAAACUAGCAGCUGAAGAUUUUAAGGUAUGGGAGGAAUAUGACACAACUCAUGAAGAUCAACCCGUCCUUGUGUGUUUGGAACAACCUGAAAUAUUCUCAAAUGACAACAUCACAAAAAUUGAGGAGGUUGAAAUGGAGGACAUAUUUGAGGAGGCGCUAAUAGAUAUUGACAGCGAUGAUGCAAACAACCCGCUUGCUGGUGUCGACUACGUGGGAGAUUUGUAUGCCAACUACAGAAAAAUGGAGGUUUAUAGCUGUGUUUCACCAAAGUAUAUGGAACAACAGUUUGAGAUCAAUAAGUGUAUGAGAGGUGUACUAAUAGACUGGAUCAUUGAGGUACAUGACAAGUUUGAGUUCAAGGAAGAGACAUUAUUCCUUACUGUUAAUUUGUUAGACAGAUUUUUGGAGAAACAAGCAGUUGCAAAAGACAUAUUGCAGCUUGUUGGUCUUGUUGCCUUGCUAUUAGCAGGCAAAUAUGAGGAGACCUUUGCCCCCCUCGUGCAUGAGUUGGUCUUUAUUUCGUAUAAUACCUACACCAGAAAAGACGUUCUUCAAAUGGAAAAAUUGAUGCUCAACACACUGCAAUUUACUAUGUCACUUCCAACUCCAUAUGUUUUUAUGACAAGAUUUCUCAAGGCUGCUCAAGCUGAUAAGAAGCUUGAGGAAUUGUCUUUCCUCUUAAUCGAGCUUUGUCUCAUGGAAUAUGAAAUGCUUAAACACCCACCAUCAUUUAUGGCUGCUGCGGCAAUCUAUACUGCUCAAUGCACGCUUUAUGGCGUCAAGGAAUGGAGUAGAACCUGUGAAUGGCAUACAGGAUACUCAGAAGAUUCACUUAUGGAAUGCGCGAAAUCGAUAGUGAGCUACCACCAGAAGGCAAAAACAGGGGUACUAGUAGGGGUGCAUAAUAAGUAUAACGCCUCCAAAUUUGGCUAUGUAGCAAAAGUUGAGCCAGCACAUUUUUUGGUGCAGACUCAAUAA